UCGCAUUCUAUUGUAAAAACAAAAAUUAAAAAAAAAAUAUAAUAAAUUUUGGACCGCUUUUAGAAUUAGCGUUAAGGCAGGUGUAAAAAUGCCUUGGACGCUUACCUCUACUAAUGCCAAAGAGAUUGGUACCCUUUAUUUAGUUUUUGCUGUGUUUGCCGGUAUGAUAGGUACUGCUUUUUCAGUUUUAAUUAGAUUAGAAUUAGCUGCUCCUGGAUUACAAUUUUUAGAGGGAGACCACCAAUUGUUUAACGUAAUCAUUUCUGCUCACGCAUUAAUAAUGAUUUUCUUCAUGGUUAUGCCUGGUUUAGUAGGAGGUUUUGGUAAUUACUUCUUACCAGUACAAUUAGGUGCCCCAGAUAUGGCAUUUCCGAGACUAAAUAAUAUAUCAUUUUGAUUGUUACCUCCUUCACUAUUACUACUAUUAUUAAGUGCAUUAGUAGAAAAUGGAGCUGGUACAGGUUGAACAAUAUAUCCUCCAUUAUCUGGAAUUCAAUCUCACUC